AGCUGGCCUGCCUUGCGAGGAAACGAAAGUGAGGGAGGAAGAGGUUGCGGGGCCGGGCUCCGCGGCGACCGUGGAGGCCUGACCCCUCGUCUCCGCUCGCCGGCAGCUCGCCCCAUCCCCUCAGCUAACAAUGAAGAGGAGAACUGACCCAGAAUGCACUGCCCCCCUCAAGAAACAGAAGCGAAUUGGGGAGCUUGCCCGGCACUUCAGCUCCACAUCUGAUGAUGAGCCUCUCUCCUCUGUCAAUCAUGCAGCAAAAGCAUCUGCCACAAGCCUUAGUGGAUCUGACAGCGAGACUGAGGGGAAGCAGCCCUGCUCUGACGGGUUCAAAGAUGCCUUCAAAGCAGAUUCCCUUGUGGAGGGAACAUCUUCUCGCUAUUCCAUGUAUAACAGUGUUUCUCAGAAGCUUAUGGCCAAGAUGGGCUUCAAGGAAGGUGAAGGAUUGGGUAAAUACAGCCAGGGUCGGAAGGACAUCGUGGAGGCCUCCAAUCAGAAAGGUCGACGUGGUUUGGGUCUGACACUGCAGGGCUUUGAUCAGGAGCUGAAUGUGGAUUGGCGAGAUGAGCCAGAGCCCAGUGCCUGUGAGCAGGUGUCAUGGUUUCCAGAAUGUACCACUGAAAUUCCUGACUCUCGGGAAAUGAGUGACUGGAUGGUUGUGGGACAGAGAAAGAUGAUUAUUGAAGAUGAAACCGAGUUUUGUGGGGAAGAGCUGCUUCACAGUGUGCUCAAAUGUAAGAGCGUGUUUGACAUCCUGGAUGGGGAGGAAAUGCGGCGAGCACGCACCAGAGCCAACCCCUACGAGAUGAUCCGGGGAGUCUUCUUCCUCAACAGGGCAGCAAUGAAGAUGGCUAACAUGGAUUUUGUGUUUGAUCGUAUGUUCACAAAUCCCUUGGACUCUGAUGGGAAGCCACUGCUGAAGGACUCGGGGAUUGACCUUCUGUACUUUGCUGAUGUCUGCGCAGGCCCAGGUGGCUUCUCAGAGUACGUGCUAUGGAGGAAGAAGUGGCAUGCAAAAGGCUUUGGGAUGACGCUGAAGGGCCCUAACGACUUCAAGUUGGAGGACUUCUACUCAGCCUCCAGUGAGCUCUUUGAGCCCUACUAUGGUGAGGGUGGGGUUGAUGGAGAUGGAGAUAUCACUCGACCAGAGAACAUCAAUGCAUUUCGGAAUUUUGUUCUGGAUAACACAGAUCGCAAGGGUGUCCACUUUCUGAUGGCAGAUGGGGGUUUCUCUGUGGAGGGGCAGGAAAACCUGCAGGAGAUCCUCAGCAAGCAGCUCCUGCUCUGCCAGUUCCUCAUGGCACUGUCUGUUGUCCGGACAGGGGGCCACUUCAUCUGCAAAACCUUUGACCUCUUCACACCCUUCAGUGUGGGGCUCAUCUACCUGUUAUACUGCUGCUUUGAGCGUGUGUGUCUCUUCAAACCCAUCACCAGCAGGCCUGCCAACUCAGAGCGGUAUGUGGUGUGCAAAGGUCUGAAGGUGGGCAUAGAGGACGUGCGGGACUACCUCUUCUCUGUGAAUAUUAAACUCAACCAGCUUCGGAACACCGAGUCUGAUGUCAACCUGGUAGUUCCCUUGAUGGUCAUCAAAGGAGACCAUGAAUUUAAUGACUACAUGAUACGGUCUAAUGAGAGCUACUGCAGUCUGCAAAUCAAAGCUCUGGCCAAAAUCCAUGCCUUUGUACAAGACACGACCCUGAGUGAACCUAGGCAGGCAGAGAUCCGGAAAGAAUGCCUCCGACUGUGGGAGAUCCCAGACCGGGCUCGAGUGGCGCCUUCUUCUUCAGACCCCAAAUUCAAAUUUUUUGAGCUAAUCAAGGACACUGACAUCAAUAUCUUCAGCUACAAGCCCACGCUGCUCACUGCCAAAACCCUGGAGAAGAUCCGUCCUGUGUUGGAAUAUCGGUGCAUGGUGUCUGGCAGCGAGCAGAAAUUCCUCCUGGGCCUGGGGAAGUCCCAGAUUUACACGUGGGAUGGCCGCCAAUCUGACCGCUGGGUGAAGCUGGACCUGAAGACAGAGCUGCCCCGGGACACACUGCUCUGUGUGGAAAUUGUGCAUGAGCUUAAAGGAGAGGGGAAGGCCCAGCGGAAGAUCAGUGCAAUCCACAUCCUUGAUGUUCUGGUGCUGAAUGGCAGCGAUGUUCGAGAGCAGCACUUCAACCAGCGAAUUCUGCUUGCUGAAAAAUUUGUGAAAGCAGUUUCCAAGCCCAGUCGACCAGACAUGAAUCCUAUCAGGGUGAAGGAGGUAUACAGGCUGGAAGAGAUGGAGAAGAUUUUUGUCAGGUUAGAGAUGAAGCUCAUCAAGGGCUCUGGAGGCACCCCGAAGCUCAGCUACACAGGGCGGGACGACCGGCACUUCGUGCCCACAGGCCUCUACAUUGUCAGGACUGUGACCGAGCCAUGGACCAUGGGAUUGAGCAAGAGCUCCAAGAAGAAGUUCUUCUACAACAAGAAAACCCACUUAUCCACCUUUGACCUCCCUCCAGAUUCCAUUGCUCCAUUUCAUACCUGCUACUAUGGCCGCCUCUUCUGGGAAUGGGGAGAUGGCUUCCAUAUGCGUGACUCCCAGAAGCCCCAAGAUCCAGACAAGCUGUAUAAGGAGGACGUCCUUUCUUUCAUCCAGACUCACAAUCCUGGAGGCCCUUAGGAUUUCCACCUGAUGGAUGCCCUGCGUCUGGUUCUGCCUCUUGGAAAGAGCCUGGGAAUGUUUUCCCUGGUCAUGGGGGAGAUGGGCUCUUCUCCAUUCCCAAGGGUCACAAUCCAGGUCUUUUAGAGGACACAUCCUUGAGAAACUGUGCUGCCUGAGAACUGACACCACCAGGAGUCAGCCUUGAAAGCAGCUGCUGGGGGUGGGUCAGUGCUUGCCAGAGUGGCAGGCUUUGGAAUUUGUAGACUCAGUUUUCUGAGUUCACUUACUGCCCCAUAGAGCAGUCAGCUCCCUGUUUUGCCCACUUUCACUAGGCCAGCCAAGUGCAGAGGCCAGGAGCAGCUAUUGUACCAAUCAAAGUUUUGUUUCAUGUGGUCUUUUCCCCACUCCCAUCCUGGAGUUCAUCCCAGCAGCCAGGGAAGGAUUUGGGCCCAGCUUCCUGCAAAUGUCAGUCUUGGGUACCAGGUGUGACUGUCCCUUGAUGUUCUAAACAGUGGGCAGCUCAAGGGGGCAGGGGCAGCCUGGAGGACCUGCCUUUUCCUCUUCCUCUCUAAGCGUUAAUGGAAGGUACCCCAAUGGGUGUGGCACCAGCCAGCCCUCUGGCAGUUCAGGCCACCUGAAGCUCUUAGAGUCCUGAGCUAGUGGUGGCUCAGGUGCCCCUUCCUCUUCACUAGGAGGUACAUAUUUUGGUUUGUCCAUACUCGGUCAUUCCAUUUCUGUAAGAGGGAGGAAGGGCAGCAGCUUUGGGUAGGGUGCCUGUGGUGGUUUUUUUUAACGGGAAGCACCUCUCAAGAUGUCAUGUGGGCUCCUCAGGGGCCCCAAGCCAGUGCCAGCCUGGUUUCCAUGGAGAUAGGGCACUGAAGCACCUGUGAGGUUGGAAUUGACUCCACCAUGGGAGGUCCCUUCUACCACCCCCCACCCCUAACCCAGCAGCCACAGUGCUAGGACGCCAUAUUUCCGCCUAGUCCUGGGUCUAUCAGUGUGUCUUGCAGAAUCUUGAUCAUUAAACAUAUUUUUACUGCUCA